CGAAAUAACACUAUGGAAAUCUGGGAUUGAAAUGGAUUAAACGUCAAAAGGGGAUUGGGCAUGUUGUACGACAAGGAUCCUAACCCAAACAUCCUGCUUGCUAUCGAAUAAGGAAAAUGUAAUGUGUUGAGGAUUUCUAAAAAAAUUACCAAAACGGGAAAGGAUAGAGCAGAAGAGGACUAGGAGGGACGGGGCUACUAGGAAAGGGUUUGUUGUGGUAGCGCACCAGAGCAGUAGCACAGGAAAAGCAGCUUCCCUGCCUGCCUGAUCUCUGCCCGGGAGCUGACGCGUUCCACAAUGACGGAGCUGGGCGUGAAGUGGGCUUGCGAGUACUGCACCUAUGAAAACUGGCCGUCCGCCAUCAAAUGCACUAUGUGUCGUGCCCAGAGGCCUAGCGGAGCCAUCAUCACAGAAGAGCCCUUUAAGAUCGGGCCCGGCUUGGACGUGGAUCAGGGCCGCGAAUGGGACUCCCCGCGGGGCGACAGUGGGGGCAGUAGCCUCCUUAUCUGCCCCGACUCCAGCGCUCGACCCCGUGUCCGCCCGGUGCUCCCCGCCGAACCCAGCAGCAAGUGGUCGUGCCAUAUGUGCACCUACCUGAACUGGCCCCGCGCUAUUCGCUGCACUCAGUGCCUGUGCCAGCGACAGCACGCCCGAAGUCCUACGGAAUCCCCCCAGACCUCUGGCUCGGGCUGCAGGCCCGCGCCUCCUCCUGUGGACCCAUGCGAGGAGUACAACGACCGCAACCGGCUCAACACCAGAACCCAGCGCUGGACGUGUGCCGCAUGCACCUAUGAGAACUGGCCCAAAACGCGGCGGUGCGUGGUUUGUGACCAUCCCAGGCCCAACGUCCCCGAGGCCAUCCAGCUGUCGGAACCCGAAGCUCCAUCUCCAGUCAUAACCGAGCAGGACCCAGCACGCUGGAGGGGAACCUGCAGCGGGGGACAGAGACGUUCUCCGUCCACCUCCAAGCGGGAUUCUGAGUUGCAGAUCCAGGACUUUCAGAGGAUCGAGGUGGCGGCCGGAGCCGUCGGAAGCAAAGAGGAGCAGGAGGUGGACUUCAAGAAGCUGAAGCAGAUUAAGAAUCGCAUGAGGAAGACGGACUGGCUGUUCCUCAACGCGUGUGUUGGUGUCGUCGAGGGUGACCUGGCGGCCGUAGAGGCCUACAAGUCAUCGGGUGGUGACAUCGCCCGGCAACUCACUGCCGACGAGGUUCGCCUGCUGAACCGACCAUCGGCGUUUGAUGAUGGCUUCACGCUCGUUCACCUGGCCAUACGCUUCCAGAGACAGGACAUGCUGGCCAUCCUACUCACUGAGGUCUCCCAGCAGGCGGUAAAGUGUAUUCCUGCCAUGGUGUGUCCAGAGUUGACAGAGCAGAUCCGAAGAGAAAUCACUGCGUCCCUGCGCCAACGCAAGGGAGACUUUGCCUGUUACUUCCUCACUGACCUCGUCACUUUCACCCUACCAGCAGAUAUUGAAGACUUGCCUCCUGCAGUCCAAGAAAAACUGUUUGAUGAAGUUUUGGACCGAGAUGUACAGAAAGAGCUAGAGGAAGAGUCUCCGGUGAUAAACUGGUCACUGGAGCUGGGCACGCGUCUGGACAGCCGACUAUACGCUCUGUGGAACAGGACAGCAGGAGACUGCCUCCUAGACUCUGUUCUCCAGGCCACAUGGGGAAUUUAUGACAAAGACUCAAUACUGCGUAAAACCCUACACGACAGCCUGCACGACUGCUCCCACUGGUUCUACACACGUUGGAAAGAGUGGGAGUCGUGGUACUCACAGAGUUUUGGCCUUCACUUCUCACUGAGAGAGGAGCAAUGGCAGGAGGACUGGGCCUUCAUCCUCUCCCUCGCCAGCCAGCCAGGGGCCAGCCUGGAGCAGACGCACAUUUUCGUUCUUGCACACAUCCUCCGUCGGCCCAUCAUUGUCUAUGGGGUGAAGUAUUACAAGAGUUUUCGUGGAGAAACCCUAGGUUACACUCGCUUUCAAGGUGUUUAUCUGCCAUUGCUAUGGGAACAAAGCUUUUGCUGGAAAAGCCCUAUUGCCCUUGGUUACACAAGGGGUCAUUUUUCCGCCUUGGUUGCCAUGGAAAACGAUGGCUACGACAAUCGUGGCGCUGGCGCCAACCUCAACACGGAUGAUGAUGUCACCAUCACCUUCCUGCCACUAGUGGACAGCGAGAGGAAGCUGCUACACAUUCACUUCCUCUCCGCCCAGGAGAUGGGGAAUGAGGAGCAGCAGGAGAAGCUGUUGCGUGAGUGGUUGGACUGCUGUGUGACAGAUGGGGGCAUGUUGGUGGCACUACAGAAGAGCUCUCGGCGUCGGAACCACCCCCUCGUCACUCAGAUGGUGGAGAAGUGGCUGGAUGGCUACCGCCAAAUCCGACCCUGUGCCACGCUCUCCGACGGCGAGGAAGACGAGGACGACGAAGAUGAGUGACAGCCGAGGGACACACACAUACAAAAAAAAAAGCGCGCACGCAUUGACUGAUAACCCUCUUUCACCACUCCCAGACACGUCCUCACGGCAGGGAGAAAAGGGCCCACAACCAUUUCACACACACACACACACACACACAUACUGAGGGGGAAACUGGUGUUUUGUUUUUGUUUUUUUUCUUUUUGAAGGUGCGACCAACACUGACCACAACCCAAAACAGCAGACCAGAGAACUGUCAGCCUCUUCAUUAAAGGAUUCUAGUUUGAGGAUAUGGUAGUGUAUAAGAAAAGUGAAAAAUGUUUUUGUUUUUUGGUUUGUUUGUUUUUUUUUCUCUCCCCAAAUAUAUAAAUCUGUAUUGAUCAGUGUAAUAAUGCAUGUGGUUCUUUAAAGUUAUAUAAUAGUUAAGAAAAAAAUACCAGCAUCAAUGAAAAGUUUAUAGAUGUUUAUUAUGGGCACUUCAAGAAAAAGCACAUUGUUUUCCAGUGACGUUUUUCUUCCAGGAGUAUCGUUUUGCUUUCUCAGAGAUUAAAAGAAGAGAAGAAAAAUCUCAUUCACCUGAUUUAGUUGGGAGCGAAAUCCAAUAUCUCCGUUUUAACAAAGUUCCCUGUCAUCAGAGAUAAGUGUAUCUCAGUUGUAUUUCAGUACAAAGACAACUACACACACUGUUGAGAGAUUCUCUACAGUGAUGUGACCACCUUGUAAAGAAAGUAAUGGAAGGACGGUUGUCUCUUGAGUGUGGUGUUCUUCUAAGCUAAGGCUCAUCUUUUGUCCGCUGUCACCCCCCACAAAACAUAAUUUUUCUUUUUCUUUUUUUUUUUUAAAGUCUGAAAAUAUUUAUUUGUUUAGGAGAACUAGGAAAGGAGGAGCAAGCAAUUUUACUUAAUUUUUGCAGGUAUUUGUCUCUCUUUUUGUCUCUCUCUUUUGUUUUUUCUCUUUUCUCUCUGUGGUUUUGUUAAUUCUUGAUGGACUUUUACGUUGCACAGAAAUACAUACUCUUGCGGUGAGAAAUGAAUCUGUUAAAGUUUACUGACAUUUUUUUAAAUGUGUGAUUUAGUACCUCAUAUUUGGAUGUUACAACUUUUAGGUGCUUCUGUUUGGGGGAAGGGAAGAGACACCAAACACACACAGCUUCUACAAAGUGUGC